CCACUGUAGCCAAAAGAAAAAAGAGGGUUCAAUGUAGCAAUUGGAACUUGGAAACUCGGGAAGAACAUUUUUUUUUCCUCUCGCAAUGUUAUUUUGUUCUCGCAAUGUUAUUUUGUUCUUGCAAUGUUAUCCAGGCAUCGAUGGAUCUCUGUGUUAUCCUCCGACUACUCUUACAAUGAAGCAGCUUUAAAAGGAAAGUCAAUUCUUCAAUCUAGAAUAAGGCACACCAGAAGAUCAGUUUGAACAUUCCACCUCCAAAAGAUUAGAGAGAAAUAAGAGGAAGGAUAAGAGACUGGAUUCUGCAUCGUCCGUCCUUUAACUCAGUUAUUAUAUACACAUGGUGGUUUAGUAUUAGCUCUGUUUUAGACAUAUAUAACUCCGGCAAAUAUAUAGUUCAGCUUUUUUCACCAUUAAACCGAUGUCUGGUAGGUCUACGUGGGGAAGCUCCGGUAUCUUCAGAGGGAACUCCACAUGGGAGUCCCGGGGCCUCAUUCCAGCAAGUAUACUUCCAAAGGAUCUAAAAGGAUGGCUGAUACCGUCUUUAACUUUGAGAAUUAGAGACACCUCGGACAGUUGCCAGACCACUGUGAGGACAAUCAUAGCGAAAGAAGCCAGUAGGUUACGGUAUUCUGCCUCUUAAUUACUCUUAGCUCUUUUGCUUUUUCCUCAAGACUGAUUCUGCUAUGCUCACUAUCUAGUUGACCUGCAUUUUCGUUCUUUGCAUCUGCUUUGCCAUCAAUGGGAGAAUUUCCCUCUUGUUGUUCAAUUGAUUCUUCAGAUUGCUUUGGUUCGCCAUCUGCUUUCAAUGAUUCUAUCUGCUAAGACAAGUAAGAUGUUCAUAAUGUUGUAACUUAAUACCUGAUUAUAGAAUUAUUGUGAAUUUCAGAAGACUGCUAAAGAACACUAACUUUCAAACUUCAGUUGAACAAAAAUUUGACAUGGAA